GCGCGCGGGGCUCAGGUCGCAGCGAGCGAGCGGGAGCGCGGCGGCCGCGGGCUCUGGGGAGGGACACGCGCCGAUCACCCCAGGGACGGACAAGCGAGCACGCCCCGCCACCACGGUCUGCCGCCACCCCGGCGCCCACGUUUUCCGAGCGCCGUCGCAGCCGAAGAACACAAACUUUCCUCCCGGGACGCAACGUCUCGUCUCGGGGAGCCCGCGCCCACAGCGUCGCCGACCCGGGAAGGGUAACAAAUUGCUCCAAAAUUGGGCAGCGGAAGAGCCUGUUUUCAAUUCCUGUCAGACAGGAGGAGGACUUGGAAGCUGCUGACAUGGGUUGUGGAUUGAACAAGUUGGAGAAACGCGAUGAGAAACGGCCUGGGAAUAUUUAUUCAACUCUGAAGAGGCCUCAGGUGGAAACUAAGGUAGACGUGGCCUAUGAAUACCGCUUCCUGGAGUUCACCACGCUGAGUGCCGCGGAGCUCCCGCGGUCCUCAGCGGUGAGGCUGGCCUCCCUGCGGGACUUACCUGGCCAGCUGCAGGAGCUGUACCAGCAGGGCUUCUCCCUGGCCGCCUUGCACCCGUUCGUGCAGCCCACUCACAAGCGGGAGAAGAUGCCUCUUGAGCACAUCUUUAGGGCCAUCCUGGUGAAGCAGACUGGCAGAUCUCCGAAAACGGAUCCUCACAGCGAAGGCUAUGUCUUGGAAUUAGAUUGCUCCUCUUCCUUGGAACAACCGCCGGACCAAAAAAUCGUCCCAGAGUUCAUUAAGAAGGUCCAAGAGGCCGCCAGUCAGGGCCUGAAGUUCGUCGGUGUUAUACCUCAGUACCAUUACCCCAUGGCCUUGGUGGGCAGCAGCUCCCUGGCAUCCCCUGCCAACAAUGCCACAGAUGCCAGAGACGUGAAAAACGCACAUGGGGCCCAAACAUCGUUGGAGAACGAGGACCCAGGGGCUGUGGAUGUGAGCAUCACUCCUACAGGGAUGGACCAAAGCCUGGAGCCCAGUCCGGGCCCCCCUGAGGAGGUUCCUCUCACUGAGCAACCCAGCUCACCGUCAGGAAAGGGUCAGGGUAGAGAAGCCUCCUUGGGGGAGGUGAGCCCAACCCUACAUGGCCCGGAUGGUGACCUGUUGGAUAUGCGUGAAGACUUGUGCUCGGAAAAAAUGGAGAUCUUCACGCUCUUCAACAAACCGAAGGACCAUCAGAAGUGCCGGCAGUACUAUCCCGUCACCAUUCCUCUUCGCAUCUCCAGGAAUGGCCAGACAGUGAACAACCUGGACGCCAACUGGUUGGAGCACAUGAGUGACCACUUCCGGAAUGGAGGAAUGCUGGUGAACGCAGUCUUCCACCUGGGAAUGGCUCAUGAUUCCUUACAUGGCUUGACAGAUGGAGUAUUCAUCUUUGAAGCUGUUUCCACAGAGGAGAGCAAAAGCACACAGGGCUAUGACGCUAUUGUUGUCGAACAGUGGACGGUUCUGGAAGGUGUGGAGGUGCAGACCGACUAUGUGCCUCUGCUGAACUCUCUAGCAGCCUAUGGCUGGCAGCUUACCUGUGUGCUGCCCACUCCUGUGGUCAAGACAACCAGGGAAGGGAGCGUAUCCACCAAGCAGAUUGUCUUUCUUCAGAGACCAUGUCUACCUCAGAAAAUCAAGAAGAAGGAAUCAAAGUUCCACUGGCGAGUCUCCCGAGAAGAAAUGCACAGCAGGCAGAUGAAGAAAUCCAAAGGGAAACUCAGAGACAAACGACAAGUAGAAGAGAGUGAGAAGAAUUUAGAAGACCAGUUUUGCAAAGAUGGAGAUGUGGGAAACUGCGUGCUGGGCAGGCAGCAGGAGGGCGGAGGCUCUGAGAUGAGAUUCUCCGAGGAAGAGGUCGGGGGAGAAAAGCUGGCCCUUGGCAGAAGGCUAGAUGGCAAGGCCAUGGAGGGCGGGGCUGUGCAGAACGGGCCUGCUAUUUACAGCAGGGCCCCAUCAGCCCCUGGGCACUCCGACCCUGGAGAGGAUGCCAGGAAUGGGGGUGUCGAGGAGGUUGAUGGAGAGCCCACUCCAGUACAUGAAAACUGAGUUUGUGCUGAAGGGAGAUGAGUGGGCAAGCCCAAGGCAUCCUGCCAGCAGCUGGUGUGCGCUGAUGUUGUAACCCUUUGGUUUGGCUUGACUGCUCCUUUUGAGCUCACCCGGGCCCUCCUGAGGCCAGUUCCCGAGUGUUGAUUUCUGCACAUUUGAAAGGUGUGGUAAUGCCUCUGUGUGAGAAUGCAAGGUCAGGGUACUUCUUGUAGAUCCUAAGGCUGAAGGCCCAGCCCUGGCUCUAUCAUUCCUCUCAAGAGGAUCUGGACCAUCCAGUGCCUGAUAAUGCCCACAGGACAUCCAUGGUGCAUCCGGGUUAUCCCCGGCUACCCGCCAAGGGCUCGUUCACUCAGACUCCCUGCCAGGCAGUUUCCACCCCUGCCACUUUGUGCAGCAUUUGGUGACUUCAAACACCCCUAGAGCCCUAACGGCUGCCCUUCUCUACCUAAACACUGCUGCUUUGGCUAAGAAAUGACGUUGAGGAAGGGAGGUCCCCAGCCUCCUGGCUUUUCUCAAAGUAGUCCUAUAGAUACUGGUAGUCUGGAAACGAGGAGGUUAAUUCUGUGUGCACCUGCUCUUGCAGAACGUUCAGGAAGACAUUCUGUUAGUAUUAAUGCCAAAAAAAA